UCCGGACUCUCCGACAGCAGUUCAGUCGCCUUUAAUCGGCCCUAAAGCGCACUCUGCUAGCAGCCUGUUGCCCGGUCAGCUCUCGCAGUCGCGCAGAAAGCGCACUUCGUUCGCGCCGGUGUGGCUUCUUUGCAGCAGUGUCGUUUUCGCUCUUUCUUCCGUAAUACGUAUUAAACUCGUAUCUCUCGCUUCUUUGCAUUCUUACAAAAUUAUCGUAAACCGGACAGCGAGUUUAUCAUACGAAGAUAAUGAUCAGUUCACGACGAGGAUCCAAUACGAAAAGCAGUGGAUAUUCCUGCUGUCAACUGGCCCAGUGUUCCUGCUUCGGUAGAACUUUGAGGACGACGACGACGACGACGCUCGCUUGAUAUCGCGCUCGAGUUGAAAUCGCAUUGACGCUCACGCGCUCAAUUAUUGUGUGUCCGCAGUGCGGAGCAUCGCAGAGAAACAAAAGAAGCUUGAUUUUUAACGAAGGGACUGUGUGUGCUACGUAUACAGAUAUACAACCAGCUCGGUGCCGCUCCCGCGCUUCUACUCUUACGCGCCGUAUCCUCCCGACCAAGGGGAAGAUAUAUAUAUAUAUAUAUAUAUAAUUUUCCUGGACAGCUAUAUACGUGUGAAAAGUGAGUGACGCGUAGAGAAGACGCUCAGAGACGAAUUCUGCAUUCGCCGCAGUCUUCAGCUCCAAGUGCAUAUAUGUUUUCGAGAAUGCCAUUACCCGCGUCGUGGGACUCGGACAGCAUGUUCGAGCCUGCGUCCCUGGCUACGGACACGACCGUGUCGGAUGACGUCUGGAAGAAGUUCGAGCUGGACUGUCCGCUGGACCAGUACGCUCACCGCUACCAGAACGAGCUCCACGACGAUAUGGCCCAGGCAACGAGUCUGCCGGCCUACUACGAGGUGCCGCCGAUGUUGCACUUCGACAAACUCAACUGCCAGGCAUCGCGGGAGAUCAGACACCACGACUGCAUGUGGGCCGGUCUCUGCAUCAGCAAGGAGCACAACCGCACGCAUCCCGCCAAGAAGGACAACCUCGUCCAGCGGCGGAUACCCGCGGGCAGGAGCCUCCUCAUCCCCAAGAACCAGAACCUCCAGCAGCAGAGUCAACCUCAGAACUGCAGCAGUAGCAACCUCCAGUCGCACAGUCUGACGAGUAGCAAUGUUCACAGUCACAACAGUAUGGCGAGCAGCAACGGAUACCAUCAGAGCAAUUGUCGAACGAUGACGAAGAACCUCGAGAGCGACGGUGACUCGACGAGGCCAGAGACGCCCCAGAGCAACGAGUCCGAGACGGAGAGCGAAGAGGAGGAGGAAGACGAGGCGCCUAUCUUCAGGCACGAACAGAUCAACAUCGACGAUAUCGUCUCGAUGCCAGUCAGCUCGCCCGGCGAGGUCACGAAUCAGUCGCUCAGACCGCUGGCCGACAGGAGAAAAGCUGAGCAGAUGAUCGCCCAGGAACAGUCGACGAAGGAGAACGCGAUCAGGAACACAUUGAUGAGCGACCACUGCUACCACCUCAACCAGCAGCAGCCCGCCAGCAACAAGAAACUCGAGAACCUCGGCGUGCAGACGCCCUCCGAUUCCGAGGAGGAGAUCGACGUGGUGUCGUACGACAAGCCGACCCGGUCGACGACGACGGCCGUCGCCUCGUCCCUGCCGACUUACCCCAAUUUCGUGGAGAGGCACCAAUUCCAACACAGCGUCAGCACGGCUUUCAAGCCAGAGAAGAAUGGCAACAGUAACUCCAGCAUCAACUCGACGAGUAGCAUACCAGCGGUGGUGAUCGCGCCGGCCACGGCGCCCCGGCCACGAGGUCGACCCCCGACGAAUCCGGCCUCCCGCAAACGCCAGCUCGAAAAUGCUGCAGCAGCCACGACGACGACGACGACGACGACGACGACGACGACGAAGGCUUCCUCGGCGAAGAAGGCGAAAAACAAUCGUGGCAACCAGAAACGCAGUUCGCCCCAGAAACAGGCCAAGUCCUCGCCGCUCGCUUCCCCGGCCAAGAUCAACAGCAGCAACACCUCGUCGUCGAGAAGUUCGUCGGACGACGAGCCCGACAUCGAGAAGAGGAGUCUCCACAACAACAUGGAACGCCAGAGGCGGAUAGAGCUGAGGAACGCCUUCGAGGAGCUUCGCCGCCUGGUACCCGCGAUCGAGGACAAGGAGAAGGCGGCCAAGGUGACGAUACUCAGGCAGUCGGCGGCUUACUGCUACAGGCUCUUCGACGUCGACAGGAUCAACGAGGCCAAGGUGAACGAGCUCAAGAGGAAGCAGGAGAGGCUCCGGGCACAGCUCAGCCAGCUCAGACGGAGCUUGGCUAUGCAACGCUGAGCUGGGGUAUGGAUAUAGAGAGAGAAACAGAGGGCGAGAAAGAGGGGGGAGGGAGACAACUGACGAGAGAACUCUGAAAGGGACCGAUUUCUCACGCGGCUGGACCGCUCGUGUCUGUGUAUGCGCGUGCUGAUGACGAGUUUUUUGUUUUCUUUGAAUGUGUAAGCAACGACUAUAUACGCAAACCUGACGAUGCAUCAGGACAAAAGUGUGCGACUAUAUUACAUACAUACAUAUACAUACACACACACACAUAUAUAUAUAUAUAUACACACUGCAUGCACGCUAAUUUUUCCCCACUUUUUAUACGAUAUGAUGCAUAUAUAUACGAGGAUAUAUAUAGUUCAAUGUACAAAACGAUAUAUAUAAGGAUACAUUAUAGUAACAAGCGAGAGACGCGUUUUGAUGAGUGGGAGGAGGCGGAUACACGUUGUGCGAGCUCUUCUCCUCCCGCGAGUCUCUAUAUUUUUUUGAUACGCUGAAUAGUAAUGCUGACGCUGAUAUAUUACGAUACGCCACGGCUCGACGGAAACUAAACGCGUCUCGCGCGAGACACGCUUGUGUGCAAAGUGAUAUUUACUAAAGAAGCAUAAUUAUUAUUAUUAUAUUAUCAUUAUCGCUAUUAUUACAACAACUAUAUCGAUUAUUAUCAUUAAAACUAUUAUAUAAUACGGUUUAUUAAUUGCUAAUUGAAAGAGUUUGUUAUUUUUAGUGCUAUAAGAGACGUCGGAAUAGGUGCGACUCGCGAGUAUACGAUAUGAGUACAUAUAUCGCUAAACGCGAAGCACACACGACAUAGACGCGCGCGCGCGCGCGCUCACACAGACACUUGAACGGGAGUUAUCUGUAGAUAAAUUAUAUAGUAAAAUAUAUGGAUAUAUAUUAUAUAUAUAGAUGACAUUUUUUACAUGUCCUUUUGUUUUUUUUCUCUUGGAACUUGGAACGAAAAGCAAGGAAGUAAAAUUCUUCAAUUUUCUCAAUAUACGUUCUUACUCUCUCGCUGAAGCCCAGCGACGAUGUGUUAGAAUACAGCAGGGCUGUAGGAUAUUCGAAACACAUGCACCGAUACCCCGGUUCUCAUACCGUUUAGGACAAAUGAAAUAUAGUUAAAGAAAAAUAGUCGAAACAAUUUUCAGUCACAGAGAUGGAUACACGCCAUCCGUCGAACGCGAAAAGCUAUACUUCUCUUCAACGACAGCUACGUAGCCCGACACGCUAAGAAGCUCCAAUACUUUUUUCCUUUGUGAAGCACUUUCUUUUUUCCUCUCCUCAAUGAAACUAGUAAUCGCGCAUGAAUUGAGCGCUCAUUUCGAGGGCUCGCGCAAAUUCUUCUUUCUACUGCGCACGCCAGUAGUCUUGUACAUAAAAAAAAAAAUUCAAAGUUUAUAUAUAUAUAUGUGUAUAUAUAUAUAUAUUUAUAUAUAUAUUAAAAUUGAAUCACAUUAUAAAUAUAUGAUAUAUAACAAAUCUAUGAGAAUAUAUAUACAUUUAAAAAUGUGCGAGAGGAAAAAGAAAUUGAUUAUAUUAUAUUAUUAUUAAUAUUAUUAUUAUUAUUGCUAUUAUUUUUAUUAUUAUUAUUACUAUAAUAUUGUUAACAGUUAUCAUGUCCGUCUCGUCGGCGUUUUCCUUUUAAGAAAACUCCUUAUAUUACAAACAAAAUUACGCUUCUACAAUUAGAGUUUUUUGGCAGUAAAGUUCGAAAAGUUAUUGUGUGACUACUCGAUUAAUCUAUAUAAUGCGCAGGAGAUGAAGAAAAAAAUUAUUAUAAUGCAUUUUUGUGCUUGAUAAGAUAUAAUUAACGAUUACAAAAAUUAUAAAGUGUUCGCGAGCGAAUAUAAUUGCAAAAACCUUAUAAUAAUCGCGUGAGAAAGAGAAUGCGUGUAGUUUUUGUUUUUCGUGAGUGUGCGUUCAUUAUAUACCGUAUAUAUAGAAUACUAAAAAAGGGGCGGGAUGUGCUAGGAGCAAAAAAAGGAAGGUACGAGUAAAAGGGGGAAGAGUGUUAAAAAUAGACGUGAGAGUUAGAGCGAGAGAGAGAGAGAGAGAGAGAGAGAGAGAGAGAGAGAGAGAGAGAGAGAGAGAAAGUGGAAGAAUUACCGAGUCUGAGUGCGAGAGAAUGAGGCGAAAGGGUGUAAUAGUAAGUGGAGGAAAAAAGGAAAACAAUGUGUUCAUUACGUUUCUAGGUUACAGUAUUCGUUUUUACUGAAUUUUCGCAGAGUUGGCAGGUUAGAAAAGCCCAAGGGAACUACCGAGGCAAGACACGUAAAAUAGUAGUAUAAAAAUAAUGAAGCUAAAAAGACACGCGCGAAUACACACAGGUUUAAAAUAAAGGGGGGGAAACGAAUUGAUCGAGCGAUAAAAAAAGUAAUGCUGUCGCAGAAGGAAACGUGCGGAGGAAACGAAAAAUAAAAAGAAAGGAUACGUACAGGAAAUUUUGGCCGGAAGCACGAUGGUUUCGCGAUGAACGAAUAAAGGACGGGACUCGUGAAUGAGGCCGCGGCCAUACGAUACGAGAAAAGGAUACGAAUGUGAGAAAAAAUAUGACGCGCGAGGUGAGAUUAGCGUUUCUCUUCACUUGAUAAUCGUUAUUUUUUUACAAACUUAUACACAUACUGCAACGGAAUCGGUGUAAGAUCUUUUAAACAACGAAAUUAUAGAAUGAAGUUCGAUGAGCUGCGCUACAGUGAAAUCUAGUUGUGUAAGACGAUGCAUAUAACAUGAAAUAAAAACCAUUGAGUUUGCAUUUAUAAUACUUGCGUAGUUUUUUAUCGAUAUAGAAAUUGAUUGUGUGAUAUAACAAAAAAUAAAAUAAAAUAGUGAAGCUAUUUUUGUAUAUUUUCCAAAAGACAAGUGCCUUCAGCGCAGCUCUUCCAUUUUCCACGAAAGAAAAGAAAAUUCGCAAAAAAAACAGGAAUUAUAUUCUGGUGCCAAAAAAAGAAAGACGAAUACACCAAGCUCAUCCCGUAUUCGCCGGUAGUUCCCCGUUUUUUUACGAGCGGAAAGGAAGGAACGAUCGAGUUGAGUCUUUUCCGUCGAUUAUACAGACACACAUCCAUACACGUAUAUACACGGUCUUUUACUACGCUUUUUUUUAAGAUACUCUGCAGCCGGGUUUCGGUUUUAAUCCGCAUGUGCGGGCGUCGUUUUAUGCGUGUUUUUUUUUUAAGUAAAAAGAGUGCGAGAGUCAAACGAGUGCUAGGGAAUAAGUGAAUAUAUAGUUGAGCAGAGGGCGAUCUUGCUUUUGAGAAAUUUUUAGCUCAGGCAAUUAUACGAGGUCGCGUUUACACGAGAAUGCGCGCGACGGGGGGAAAUUAAAAUAGAGAGAGUCGGUGAUGCCGCUUUUAGUCGCCUCUACUUCAAAAGAGUGCAAAAUGUACCUGCUAAACAAAAAUAAUAAAAUAACUACGAUAGCCAUUAAAUAGAGAAAGAGAGACGAUUAGUACGAAACCGAGAUGCACCGGGACAUAAGUACGGGAAAUUUUAUUUGUUUCUCCGUGCUCAAGACAGAAAUGCUGAAUAAACGGUGCAAAAAAGUUACGUAAAAUAGCAAAAUAGUUUAGGACACCUAUUUAGGGACAAUUCUUGCGCAGUUCAGGUUUACGCCUUCCACUUACGUGCUUCCUUUUUUACACUCGUACACACAAACAAAUAAAUAUAUUAUAUAGUAUAUAGUUUUUUACUAAGAUUUAGACACGUUUUCUUGCAUUCGUUUUGUUUUUCCUCGACUUCUCUCCUCCAUGAGAAAAUCCAAGAUGAAUCGUUUUUUUUAGUUCAGCAAUUAUUGACUGUUUAUAAUUUUUCGUUCCAUGAUUGCACAAAUCUGUUUUUUUUUCCUUCGAUUUUCAUACAGAGAUAUGAAAGCGAAUACAGCUGCACAAAGUUGAUGCAUUUUUUUGUUGAACAUAGCCGGGUUCGCGCUGCAACCUCUAGUUUUUGAUUUUGCAUUUUUUUUUCUUGUUGAUUGUGGUAGAGGAGAUAGUACUUUUUAACGAAGACGAAACGUUUUUUUUUACUAUAAUUUCGUUCCGAUUUCUCGCGAAAUAGCAGUUUUCGAGAGCCUGUACAUAGAAUUCAAUAAGUGGAAAUUUUUUACGCCUCGCAGACUUAACAGUUUUUCGUUUUGAGAAAUUAUGACUUAUGUAGACAGAAAUUAGAGAGAAAUGCAAUCUAUUUCACAGAACACACACAACUAAAAAAUAAAAGCAUUUCACGGACUGAUUUUUACCCAGAUGUAGUUUUCUAUGAUAUAAAUCAAGAAAACGUGUACAAAAAAAUUGAAUAAAUAGCUUUCUUAUGUACUUCGGACAGCGCAAGAAAAUGAAACGAUGCUUGUCGAAAACGACGCGAGUAUAAGAGUUUAGUGCGAGUUAUUGUCUGGAGAGAAAGAAAGGGAAGAACGUAGGCGAGAAAAAAGUUUACAUAAUUAUAAUGUUAGGUUUUUUUAUCGAGAGCAAAACGAUAUUUUUAUUUAUCCUUUUAUUUUUAUACGUUGUAAACUACGAAGAAAUUGUUAAAAAGAAAAGAAAAUUGCAAAAAAUUAAAAAAAAAAAAACAUUGAGAAAGAAAUGUUAACGGUCGACGACAAUUAGGUUGCGAGAAGAAACAUCAGUCAGUUUGAUAUAUGAUGAAAAAAAGCAAGGAAAAACUUAGAAUGAAUGGUUGUGUAUGCCUCAUGCCAAAUAGAAUCUCGUUAUUUUUUCAUAGAAUGAAUCACUAUUGACUUGAAUAAUACUAACUAAUAUUAUGUAAUAUGCACAAUGAAGUGAUAAAUAAAUACAAUGCAUUUUUGUCGAAAAUGGUUCACUGAACACGUUUUUGUCACCAUUUAGAUAGACGAUAAAUAAUUAAAUAAUAAUAAUAAUAAUAACGGAGGAAGAUGAAAAGACAGACGAGUAAUGAUGUUUUAAAGAAACCGAAGUCGAUUUACGCUACAUUAUAGAAAUUAAUAACGUUUAUACCUCUAUUUGCGAUUAAUCUGAAAGAAGCUAUAGCAUUUUUCUACGCAGUAUAUACAUUGAAAGAAAAGACAAAAUAAUGAAUGACCGAGCGAAUGAGUGAUUUUUGUGCAUGGUGAGAAAGAAUCGACUUGACGAUGAUGAUGAUGAUGAUGAGAUGCUUGCUGACGAGUGAAAGAGGCAACGAGCGAGUGCAGUGGGAACAUGCGAAAAUAAAAUAAUUAAGACAAAGGUAGUAAGAGAAAGGGAGGAAGAAAAAUUUUUGCAAAAUGCUAAACACUCACGCUAAAACAGAAGCGAAAUGUAUUUUUGUUGUACUUAAGCUUUACCGUUGUUAUCGCCUCGUCGUCACCGUCAACUAUCUUCGGCAGUUCGGAAACGAUUGCAAAAAAUAUUUGUUUUACGACGAAGAAAAAAAUAUCGAGACCCACGAAAAUUGACGGCAAGCGGUUCGGCGAGCGCCGAAGUUGGUUGACGGUCUCCUCGAUCGCGAAAUCGGCACAUCGAUUUGUUCUUUUUCUUUUUUAUUAUUGUCACACAUCAAGUCGCUCCGACACUUUGUUAAAGGAUAGAUAUCAAUUUUCCGACGUAAAAGGAAAAAUAAAAUUAAAGUCUAUAAUGACAAACAUUUCUUUUAAAUAGGAAAAUAAGUCAUACAGUUCCUUAAAUUUAUAUUUGAAUCAUAUAUCAAUAAACUAUGUAACAUUUAA